CUGUCUUGGUCUCCCCUCUCUCAGUGUGUGUUGUCAAUAAUUGAUGAUUUUUACUGACUCAAAGGGUAACAGGUCUAAAAGCUGAUCUUUCAUUUAGCCUCUUCCCAAGCCGUUUCUGUGCUCGGUGUCUCACCGUUUGUCUGCAAGCGUGUGUGUAACUGCGUGUGCAUGUCUGACCACGUCAGCAUACCUCGAUGCAAAUGCCGUAUAUUCUCUUUAUUUAUAUAUCUGUCAUAUCGGUUUAUAUCCACUUAUGGCAGUGAAGGAGUUAACUAUGUCAGUCUCCCUAACAGCAGGGCAGAGGAAAGGAAGUAGAGAGAUUAAAUGAGAAAGAGGCAGGGGGUAGAGAAGAGGGAGACUGAGAGGGACUGAGAAUUUGAUUCAGUAAUCACACUGACUGACUGCCUGAAAGGCUGAUUAAUCUGGACUCAACAGCACAUCAACACUGACACAGAGAGAUGGAGAAAGAGAGAAGAAAUGACAAAUUCUUUUCCAGGAAGAGAAGUUUCACUUUUGGUGCUUACGGAGGGGUGGACAGGUUCAUCUGUGAAGCGCGACAAGAAUCCAUAGAGCGGAGCAUCCUGGACAUACUUGACUCUCCCACUAAUGAGACUAAAUCUGUACUCACUGCGACCACAAAUCAGAGGUCCACAGACCUUUUUGAAAUAAUCGAGAAGCUUCAGGGAAGUCGUCUCGAUGAACAGCGAUGUGCGUUCCCUCCCCCGUUGAAGCUUUUAAAGAUAAGCAGCACCCUCCCCUUGAUUCUCCCCCCAAAAUCAGGAGGCUACUGGAUAGAUCCUCCCUUUGAAAAGUUUGUUGAGACCAGCCCCACCUCUUCUGUCCCUGGACUCGAAGUAGAGAGUUAUGACAUUAUGGAACGAGACAGUGAAGCAAAGAUCUACAGAGAAUGGUUCAGACCCAAGUAUCAUAACUCAUUCACAGCAGUUGACCCUUCGCUAGGACCGCUUGUUCUCUCUGUUUGUUUGGAAGAAGAGGAAAAAAGACUGAGAGUCAUACUGAGAAUGAAAGAAUGCACUCUGCAAGGCAUUUUUUCUCUCUCUCUCUUCCAACACUUCCCUACUGCUAUUGAGCUGGCUAAGAUGUUGUGUGAGUCUGUUACUGUGUCCCAAUUUGAGGCUGUCAGUUACCUCAAGGCACCAGAACUUAUCACAGCAUUCGAUGAGCACAGAGUGUCACAGAAUUUCAAGUUUGGUGUUUUGUACCAGAAAGAGGGACAGCUCACAGAAGAAGAUAUACUUAGUAACAAUGAAGAAAGUGAGGAGUUUCAAGCUUUUCUGUCAAUUUUGGGGGAAACGGUGAAACUGCAGGGCUUCACAGGGUUCCGAGGAGGUUUGGAUGUGUGUCAUGGUCAGACAGGAAGCGAUGCAGUUGUCACUUCCUUCCACGGGAGAGAAAUAAUGUUUCAUGUGGCUACCAAACUGCCCUUCACAGAGGGUGACACGCAGCAACUGCAGAGAAAAAGACACAUUGGAAAUGAUAUUGUUGCGUUGGUUUACCAGGAAGGCCCAGCCCCUUUUAUCUCUGACAUCAUCAGCUCUCACUUCCUGCAUUGUUUCAUAGUUGUCAGGCGGAUGCCAAAAGGAAGUAGGGGCGAGGAAGCAAAAGGUGCAACAUUUCAGGUGUCAGUCACAGCAAGAGAGGACGUGCCACCAUUUGGUCCUCCCCUCCCAGAUCCACCUAUUUUCACAGAGUGUCCUGGCUUUAGAGAAUUCCUUUUGACCAAACUUAUCAAUGCAGAGAUUUCCUGCUACAAGGCUGAACGAUUCAGCAGAUUGGAGCUUCGUACUCGUUCAUCUCUCCUGGAGGGACUGAGAUCAGAGCUGUCCUCACAGUCCCAGUGCAUGCUGGGAGAGCCGACCCCUCCAGCUCUUGCUCUUUCUGAUGGGGUUAGGGGCGGGUCGGAAGGAGGUGGCGGGUUCAUUGAAAACUUCAAGAGGGCAAUCAGGGUACGCAGUCACUCUUUUGACACCCUGGGGGUACCUAAAAAGACAGGCGUAGGGGGGCCACCACAGAAGCCUCGAGUAUUCCAUGGUACAUCACCUGGAGCAGAUAAAGAAGGAGAAAGUGAAUCAAGCAACAAGCAGUCGGGACCCAACCUUCAGCUGAAUGGCAGUCCCAAUAAUGGAGAUGGUAAAGGUCAAAACAGUCCACAAGAGGAUGAGUAGACAACAAUAAACUGUAUGUUCACUGUGCUUUAAAGGCACAGUGCUCCUAAUUGAGAAUGUACUUCUCUUACACAUUGGCAAAUAUGUAAUGAGAGGGAUAUUUAUUGGAUGUACAGCACAGGUAUUUUUAUUAUUAUAAAUUAUAGUAAACUGAGUAAACCAUUUGAGGAAAAAUACAUAACUCACAUUGAUAGGCUGUAACAAUGACUGUAUUCUGUAAUCUGAAUGAAACAAAUGUCCAUGCUUUUGUAUGUCACAUUUAACUAUUCUUCAGCUAUAGCAUUACUAAGCAUCGGUCAUUUAAAUCCUAAGACACCAGUUCAGCCUUGAAAACCAAAGAGCUCUGUGAUGCAUUUGUACUAGAUUAAGAAUAUUUAGAAUAUUUAUUUUUUAAAAAUCAAAAAAAAAAGUUUCAAUGGUAGUUGAACAAUUGAGUAUGUACCGUGGGGCAUCCUGUGAGGAACCUAUUUAGUCUUCAUUUUUAGCUGGACUGAGGACAAGGACGAGGGGAUAAGGAAUGAAGUAUGUGUCUGAGCGCAGUCAAGGACAAUCCCACCAACCACAUCCUCCCUCCCUGGCUGACAUAUGGUCGGCUUUAAGCCUACCACUCCGCAUGGCUGCAUGCCGCAGUCAUCAGUGGGAUGGUCCGGAUUCGUCGCCUGACCAAAAGACGCAUCCAUGCCCGUGAGCCCAAUGUCUCAGCCGGAUGAGUCAGCUGAUAGCCCAGUCUGGUUACGUUUCGACGGCAUGAAAAGAACAAUACUGUUAAAACAUCUGAGACUGUGGCUUGGUUAAACCACCACACUACGGUGCAUAGAUGAGCCUCAUGGCCUCGGAUCGAGUCCGGACCAUUGCAGCGCCGAGCGUGGCUGGCGUGGUCCAUAUGGCAACACGAAACUGGCGACUGUGUCACCGAGGGUAUGGGAGGAUUCAGUCCGGCAGGGGGGUCCACAUUAAUCACUAUCUAGCGACCCCUACUGGCCAUUAUGACACCCGUGGACUGCCUGCUAAAGCCGGCAGGCUCUGCUCUAUGCAGGCUCAUCUGAAGUCUGUGGUGUGUAAGGGGCAGCUGGAGGAGAACCAUGGAUGUCCACAAUCUCCUAAAUUGGCAGCGGGUUUAGCGCGGCUGCGGUUGCGGGCGAUGGGCCCUUCCAAAAUGGCGUGGGAAUUGGAUAUGCUCAGCCCAAAUAAUAAAAACCGGGCACCAAAUAAUAAAAACAUAUACAACACAAUCCAGGCUACAUUCGUGGAGGCUUAGAGAGUGUUUUCUGUCUGCGGACAAUUUGUUGCAAAGAUCAGAAAUUCAUUGAAUGUGGAGUCCAUUGAUGUACUCUACGUUUUGAAAGUGCACUUCCAAAGGAAAAAAAGAACUCACUUGAGUCAUUACAGGCCUAUGCCUAUUUUGUUUUGCUUAGCCUAUUGGCCAACAUUUUAAUUAGAGAGAUAUCUGUCUUAUUUAUGAUUGGCCACAGUCUGUUGUAUUUGUAAUAGGCCAAAGUAUAUUUUGUUUUAUUAUGCAAAGUCUAUUUUGUAGUUAUUAUAGGCCAUUUUGUUAUGUUUUUUUGUUUUUACAUAGGUCUCAAAUGUUUUAUUGGUGAUAGCCUAUUUAAUUUAUCACAAUGUGAGAGCAUAUAGGCCUAUGAAUGCAGUGCUGAAUUGGCAUUGUCUAAUGUUUAGCACCUGUUUGUAGUGCUGAAAGUACAAUAAAGAAAUGUUCUGUGA